CUCACACCGCCUCAAGUCCGAAUCCACCAUCCAGCAAGGCAAGCAGCCUCCCACCCAUCCCGAGCCCUCCCCACAAAGCUUACCCGCCUGGCAGCUCUCACCACGGGCCUGAAGGACGGCCACACACCGCUGACAGUCGACCGGCCACCAUGGAGCUCAUCUGCCGGCUGCAGUUGCUGAGCAGGAAGCGUCUCCUUCCGUGAUAGACGUCCUGCGCCAUGGAGCUCAGAUAACCUCUUCCUCUUUUCUGCACCAAUCUCGGCCCCCCCCUCCCGGAGCUUCCGCACUUUAACCAUGGGAACGUGGCACGGCCUGCGCGUGGCGUUUAUCCUGGGCUCUCUCUUCGUGAUCUUGCUCAUCAUCGCCUACUGGGACGACGUGGGUGGCUUCAACCUCCACCCUCUGCGGGACCGCAAACACGAGCGUUGCCCUCAGACUGCCACGGUCCGCUCGCACCCGCCCCCCACCCUCCCAUCAUCCUUUGCGGGAAUAUCCAGCACCACGUGGGCCAACAGAAGUGUGCUGCAGCCGGGAAGAGAGGAUGAGAAUGGGGAAGAGGACGAGAUUCGGGAUUUGGACGGAAGCCUAGAGCAGAUUGCGAGGAAGCGGAGGAUCUCCGAUGUGUGUUCGGGGACGGACUUUCCCGGAAGGACCCGUGCAUUUGAGCAGAUCCCAAACAGGGAGUUGGACCACCUGAUCGUCGACGACACGCAUCAAAUCAUCUACUGCUAUGUUCCCAAGGUGGCGUGCACCAACUGGAAGAGGGUGAUGGUGGUCCUGGCUCAGUCUCUGGUCUCGCCCGUCUCAGGAAAGCCUUACACUGACCCGGAGUUGGUUCCUCCGGACGUCGUACACAAUUCCUCGCUUCACCUCACUUUUGCCAAGUUCUGGCGCCAUUACGGUUCUCUAUCCCGCCACCUGAUGGCGCUCAAGCUCCAGCACUACACUAAGUUCCUGUUUGUACGGGACCCCUUUGUCCGCCUAAUUUCAGCCUUCAGGAACAAGUUUGGAAGGCCCAAUGAGGACUUCUACCGCCAGUUUGGCUCUGUCAUUCUGCGUCGCUACGGCAACCUAUCAGGGAGUUUGCCGGAAACGGCGGCUGAGGCUUUUGCGUCUGGGAUCAAACCCACCUUCCAGCAGUUUGUCUCGUACCUGCUGGAUGAGGAGACGGAGAAGGAGAGCGUCUUUAACGAACACUGGCGCCAGGUUUACCGUCUCUGCCAUCCAUGCCAGGUGAAGUACGACUUCAUCGGGCGACUGGAAACGCUGGAGACGGACGCCGAGCAUCUUUUGAAGCUUUUGCAAGUGGAUCACCUGCUGCGGUUCCCCUCUGGGGCGAGAAACCGAACGGCGGCCAGCUGGGAACGGGACUGGUUUGCCCAAAUUCCUGUUUCAAUGAGGACAGAGCUGUACAAGCUUUACCAACCAGACUUUGAGCUGUUUGGCUACCCCAAACCUGACAGCGUGCUACACCACCAGUAGGGCCAAACCCCCCCUGAUAAACAAACAAAAAAAAAGCCUUCCAAGACAUGUCUGCAAUGCUGUUAGAGCAAAUACCU